CAUCAUCCGCGAAUUCAAUGUUCCUGGGCGAGCGCAUCCUUCUCUGGGUCUAUACCAACCCUGCACGCCAUGUGCACGACUCCGCCUUCUACAAAUGGCACGAAACUGAGCGUACCCCUUCCCUCUUCGACAUACAUGACGACUCUUUCUUCCUCUCCUGCACGCACUUCAUUGCUGCGGAUUGCAAGUUACCGAUCUAUCUCUGCCUCUACGACUUGGUGCUCCCCAGUACCGUCUACGACCCCGCGUACAUUGCCCUCCGCGAGAAACACGCGCUCGAAAAGCGUCGCGCCGAGUCCGUCGAGGGCCGCGUGUACGAGCCAGUCGACACGCCACAUCUCUCUCCCACAUGGUCAAACGACACCACAACAGAUGAUGAGCGUGCUACUGUUCGAUUCAUCACCGUCGUGGGGGCGGACUUGAUGAAGUUCGCCGAGAGCAAGUUCUGCCGGUGGACGAGGAACCCAUCCCCCUCCUAUCGCGCGUGCCCGGUUGGGUUCGAAGCCGCCGUUUUGUGUACAAGGAAGCCAUCGAUUCCGAGGCCAGCGAUUCUGAUCAGGCGAUGAGCGAGGUGGAGGCGGAGGCGGACAGCGAGAGUGAGAGUGAGAGUGGGAGAGAGCGAGAGCCAAAACCAACAUGAGGACGGGGAGGGAAGGUGCGUUCGGACUGUCCGUCCAGAUUCCUGGCCAUACAUGAGUGGACAUCGCUGGAUGUGUUCGAGACGAAGCAGUACAGGCGCGCGACGACUACACCAUGGAGGACGGAGGUUUUGAAGGAGGGCAGGGUGCUGCGGUACGAGAUACGUGUCUUUCGCGCAUCCAUGUCGCGGCAUGGACAACUCUGACUGGUAGUCAUAAACGUCUCUCCUGUUGUGUACUAUUUGCUGAUCCUGUGGUAUGCAAUACAAGCUGUGUGUUCU